AUGGGGUGUCAGACAUGCACAUUCCAAGCCUUUCAGUUCUCUCCUCCUCCUUUCUCUUAUUCUGUUCUCUCUAUCUCUCUUUCAUUCUCUAGCUCUCUAUCUCUCUUUCAUUCUCUAGCUCUCUCUCUCUUUCAUUCUCUAGCUCUCUCUCUCUUUCAUUCUCUAGCUCUCUCUCUUUCAUUCUCUAGCUCUCUAUCUCUUUCAUUCUCUAGCUCUCUAUCUCUUUCAUUCUCUAGCUCUCUCUCUCUUUCAUUCUCCAGCUCUCUCUCUCUUUCAUUCUCCAGCUCUCUCUCUUUCAUUCUCCAGCUCUCUCUCAUUUUUCAUUCUCUUGCUCUCUCUCUCUUUUUCAUUCUCUUGCUCUCUCUCUCUUUUUCAUUCUCUUGCUCUCUAUCUCUUUUUCAUUCUCUUGCUCUCUCUCUCUUUUUUAUUCUCCUGCUCUCUCUCUCUUUUUUAUUCUCCUGCUCUCUCUCUCUUUUUCAUUCUCUUGCUCUCUCUCUCUCUUUUUCAUUCUCUUGCUCUCUCUCUCUCUCUUUUCAUUCUCUUGCUCUCUCUCUUUUUCCUUCUCUUACUCUCUCUCUAUCAUUUUCUUGCGGUCUCUCUCUCGUUCAUUCUCUCUCUCUUUCAUUGUCCCUCUCUCUUGUUGCUUUCAUUCACUUGUCCCUUCUCUUUCAUUCUCUCUCUCUCUCUCUGGCUCCUUCUCUUUCUGUUUAA